AUGUCAACACUAAUCCCCCAGGAAAAGACCAGAACAGCCAUCAAGUCUCUCGAGAACGAAAAAUCCCCUGGACAGGACAAUCUCAGUGCAGAAGUGUUUAAAGCAGAUCCACAGCUAGCAGCUGACCUACUUCAGCCGCUCCUUAGGGACAUCUGGGAGGAGAAGAAUUUGCCUGAAGAUGGGACAGAGGAAGUCAUUGUAAAGAUUCCGAAGAAAGACUUUGAGAAGGCUUUUGACAGCGUGCACCGGGAAGGUCUGUGGCGCAUCCUUCGGGCCAAUGGGAUGCCACAACAGAUUAUCGACAUCAUCAAAGGCUUCUGCAACUACUUCCACAUGCAGAGUAGCAGCGAAACCAGCUUUGAAGUGAGGUCUGCCGUCAGACAAGGCUGUACAAUGUCCGCGAUGCUCUUCCACAGGACCAUUAACGUAGUAAUGAGGCGCACGACAGAAGAUCGGUCACGAGGUAUCAGAUGGACCCUCUUCCCAACGAUGGAGGACCUAGAUUUUGCAGAUGAUCUGGCGUUGGUCUCUCAUACUCAGGAAGACGUGCAGGAAAAGACAACCCGACGCAUAGCAAGUUGGCCUGAAGGUCAGCCAAAAGGAUACAGAAGUGAUGCUGUUGAACGUUUCCAGCCCUAA